AUGCUAAUGAUCAGCAAGGAUGAGCUUGGUGCGCUGCGAGCCCACCGGGCCCGGCUAGAGAAAGAGACGCUCGCCGUCGAUCGUUGUCUGUUGCCGGGACGCAGGGAGGACGUGCUCGCAGCCGACCAGCAACAGGAAAUUGUAAUCAAGAACGGGAAGGUCGCCGGACGGAGGAAGAAAGACAAUAAUGAGGUCUUGAGGCUCUGGGACCUUGUCGAUAUGUAG